GCCCAGCCCCUGGCCGCCGCCCGGCAGGCCCCGGCAGAAGAUGGCGGCGGUGCUCGCUGGCGGCUCCCAGCGGGUGGUGCGGGAGGCGUUGCGGCGCUCGGCGGUUCGUUCCCCCGCCUCGGGCUGCUGGGGCUGCGUUCCUGGAGGGAAGCGGUAUCUUCUAACAGAUGAGGAUAUAAAGUUACAAGAAUUUCAGCAGGUGAAAGUGGCUAUUAGAAAUGAAGUUCAUGGGGAUAAAGAUCCAUAUUUUAACAGUAUUAAAGAAAAAUUAAAGACAAAUGGAAUUAUUCUCAAAAGUGAAUUAACAAAGUUACUGCAUUUAUGUCAGACUUCAUCUGAUGUGGAACUAGCCAGAAAAGUUAUUUACAGGUACCAUGAACAGAAUGGAAUUACAAAUGUAGAUAAUUUUAAAUUUGGGCCACUCUUUAUGAGAAUGUGUUAUGAGCUAGACCUUGAAAGCCCUGCAGUAGAACUUAUCAAAGAUCAGAAUUUGCGUGGUUUUUUCUCAGAGAGUACGUCAUUCCAUAUUUUGAUGACUAUGUUGUUUAAAAAGAGUAAUUUUGAAAGUGCUUUGGAAGUUCUGGUAGAAAUGAAAAAUCAAGGUGUACCUUUCAGCAAAGAAACUUACCUACUUGCAUUUGCAAUAUGCUACAAACUCGGCAGCCUGGAGUCUUGCAAAAUCUCUUUGAAACUGCUUGAAGAAGCACAGCUAAAAGGUGUCACGUUGCCACUGCGAGUGUUCUACUUUGCUGUGGCAACUGCUCUGAAGCAGAAUGAUGUGGCUCUAGCCAAAUUCUAUUGUUCCCAGAUAAUGCAAACAGAGAGCAAACUAUACAAUAAUCUUAAAGUUCUUGUCCAGCUGAGAUCUGGUUUGCUAGAAGAAGUCAUAAAGACAUUAGAGGAAGCAGUGGAAGUAGAUACUCCUCCCUUUGUGAAAAAAAUUGAGUUUUCUGAGCAGGUGCUGGCUACAGUCAGGGAAAAGAUGGAAGAAAACCCCAACCUUUCUGCUAAAUUAGGAAAUAUAUAUACCAAACUACAAGCUUCAGGACGGUUAACUUCCAGUACACUAGAGGACAUGCUUUUCCAGGUUCCUACUUCAAAGAAGACCCCUGCAAAGUUUUUUAUCCAGAAGCAACUCGGCUAUCAGGCUGCUAAAAGUCUUCGGUCAAAUCUGUUGUUGGAGUAGUUCAAUAUUUGAUGGCAAACUGAACUGCUGAUACCAUCUCUUAGGACAAGUUCAAAUAAAAUAUCUUCUUACCACAAUGA